AUGGCAGGGAGUGCUUCAACAAAAAAUAAACGUCAAGAAGAAAAAUAUGUUCAAAUGAUACGUGAAUUAGCAUCAUUACCCAUGAAUAAACAAUGUUUUGAUUGCAAUUCAAAAGGACCAACUUAUGUUGAUGUUACUGUUGGUAGUUUCGUUUGUACAGCAUGUAGUGGUCUUUUACGAGGUUUAAAUCCACCACAUCGUGUAAAAUCAAUUAAUAUGUCAACAUUCACUCAAGAAGAAGUUGAAUUUAUGAAAUCUCGUGGCAAUCAGUUAAAUAAAAUGGUUUAUUUGGGUUUAUAUGAUGCAAAUGCUGGUUUUUCACCUGAUCCGAAAGAUACAGAACGUUUUAAAGAAUUUCUCUCACAAAAAUAUGAAAGAAAACGAUGGUAUGUUGAACCGACAGAAGCAAUGAAACAAAAGGUAAAAGCAGAUACAGAAGCUAGUCUUGAAAAAACAACCAAUACGACGACUAAUACAAAAUCAUCAUCAUCUUCAACGUCAAGUCUCCCACAUUCACAGAGUAUAACAAAUACAAUCAAAUCACCAGCAGACUCAUCAUCAACCGUGCCCACAAAUACUGCACGUGUAACGCGUGUUCCAUCAGUCACAUCAUCUCAACCACCAAUGCUUGUAUUUGAUGUACCGGUUUCUACUCCUGCAAAUACGACAUCACCAACAUCAUUGUUUGAUGAUUUUUUGCAAUCAUCAACAUCGCCACCAGCAAAUUCAUCACCAACGAAGAAUUUUUUUUCAGAACAACCAUUUACUCAAACAACCACAACAUCAUCUAAUGAUACGAAUUGGGGAGCAUUUGUAGAAACAACUAAACAUCAUCCAACAACUAUUCUCACAAAUACACCACUUACAAAUACAAUAUCUAUGCCAGCAAAUAAUUUUGCUCAUCCACCUCCGGAACCAGCAGAUAAAUAUGCUGCACUCUCGGAAUUAUUCAGUUCACAAAAUACAAUACAAGAUCAUCAACCUUCUAUUUUCGGAAAUACAACUAAUGGCGGUUCUCGAACAUCUGUAUCAGGUUCAAAUAAUUCUAUAUUUGGCAGUACACCCUAUUCAUCUACUCCUCAAAUGUCCACAACAUCCACAGGUGUAACUCAAAAAUUCCCUGUUCAACAACAGCAGCAGCAGCAGCAUCAACAAACAAAUAUGUUUUCUAAUCAAUCGUUUCCAUCACAAUUUCCUCCUACUUCAAAUCCUUUUGUACAACAAUCAUUCGGAGCUAAUACAUCAAAUUUUUUUGCUAUGCCACCAACUAAUCAACCAAAUCCGUUUAUGAAUAUUGCUCAACAACAACAACAACAACAACAACAGCCACCCACUCAACAAAUGCCAAAUCAAUUCGGAAAACCAAAAGCAAAUUCAACAAAUCCCUUUCUUUAA